GUUUCAUGAAAUAAUCAUUUGAUCUAAUAUUAAAAGACCCAUUUAUAUAGCCUGAAGACCGUCAAGUAAUCCAAACUGAUUAUGAUUUGAUAUUUUCCUAAGACAUAUCUAUAUAAUCAGUAGACACUUAAAUAAUCUAAACUCAUUAUGAUUUAAUAUCUUCCUAAAACAAGGUCAAUAAGUUAUGGUAACUUCCUGAUUCAUGGCAUACAACAGUCUUAUAUAUAGGAUCUAAUAUUGAAAAAGCCAAAACAGAAUAUUAUUUAUAAUUCAAAGAAGGAUAACAUGUCGAUUUAAAUGGCUUUAGUUUCUUUUAUGUUCCAGGAAGAAUUAUAUGUACUCCAGAUAAACCUAAAGAUGUUUUAAUUGAAAAUAAAAUACCUCAUAUGACUUUACUUAUGGGAAAUUGGGCAGCAGUUUCUUCUAAUUAUUUAUUGGAGAAAAUGUUUCUUAAUAAUGGUCCUUUAUAAUAAGAAUAUAAUAAUGGGGAAUUUUUUUAAUUAGGAAAUAAUACUAUAGUUAAGAAGUUUUUUUAAUUAAAUAUUAAUGAUGAAAAUGUUGAUGUGUUUAUGGUAAAAUCUAAUUUCGGAAUAUAUUUAGAUGGAGUUAAUACUAAAGUUUUUAUGGAAAAUUCAGAAGAUAAUAAACAUAUAUUUUAUAAAUGA